AUGUGCCGGUUUAAUCAGUUGACUUUUAAGUGCUUCCUCGUUGGCUGUGAUGAAGGGAUUGUUCAGGCAACCAUCAUUGGAAGUGGAAAGCAACUCACUCGGUAUUCCCAAAGGGCUGAAGCCGAGUCAAAUGUGUGUCGAAGUAAAUUAAAGAAAGCGCUAGAGGCGAAAAAUGUAGAUGCAGCUCGUGUCUAUGCUGAAGACUCAAUUCGGAAACACAAGGAAAGCAUUCAAUACAUGGUGAUGGCAUCCCGACUUGAUGCCGUUCAGUCACGCUUGAGGACGGCUUCAACCAUGAAAUCAAUGACAAAAGAUAUUGGAAGAGUUACAAAUCGGCUCAAAUCUAGCAUGGCAUCGAUGAAUCUUGAAAAGAUUGAGAAAGUGAUGAGCGAUUUUGAAAAGACUUUUACGGAUCUGGAUGUUCGAACUUCUACCGUUGAGGGUUCUAUGAGUACUGUGAUGGCCACAUCUGCCCCAGAAAAUGAAAUUCAAAGUCUUAUUAAACAGGUUAUUUGUUUUUUACUUUAG